CGCAGGGAGGCAGGGAGGCCCAGAGCAGGCCAGAGCAGCAGAGAUGGGGAGGCUGCGACCUCCCCUGCGACCCCUGCGACCCCUGCGAGCCCUCCUGGGCCUCCUGUUCCUGCUGGCUGGACACCUCAGGGGCAGCGGGGCGGCCAGAGCCCACGGAUGCCUAUUCGACCACAGACUCUGCUCUCGUCAGGAGAUCUGCAUUCAAGAUGGUCUGUUUGGGCGAUGCCAGGUGGGCCCAGGGGGGUCACAGUCCAUCUUGCGGGUGACCUCCCCCAUCCUCCAGCGCCUUCAAGACGUCCUGCGGCAUCUCAUGGCUCAAGGCUUGUCCUGGCAGGACGAUGUCACCCAACUGGUCAUCUCCCAGGAGAUGGAGCGGAUUCCUCGCCUCCCUCCGCCGGAUCCCGAUUCCCGGGACAGGUCGGCCGCCUCCAGGAAGCCCGCCGCGGCCCGGGGGUCGCCGGGGCCGGCCGGAGGGACGGCGGGGGUCUUCCCUCCGCUCCUGGAAAACCUGCUGAUGUCCCCCAAAUCCGGAAUCCCGGCCUUGGGCUACCAAGCCGCGCUGCUGCAGCCUUACCUGUUCCACCAGUUUGGGGGGCCUCCCAAGGCCGAGCCCCCUCCCCUCUUCAGCAGGGCCUCCUCCAAGGCCUUGUUGGGGGCUUACCCGGGCCCUAUGUACAGGACCCCCCCAGAGCCGGAUUUGGGGUUGCCCCCCUUGCCCGGCCCUCGUGGCAGAGACGGCGGGAAAAGUUGGCAGUCUCUACCCGGGGGUGGUCCCGGCGAGCAGGGAAAGACCCCGGCCCAGAAUCUCCCACCCUCCGGCCGCCCAUCAGGGCCGCUCCAUCAGUAUCCGAAGUCCAAGUCCGUGGGCCCCGGGGAGGAGCUGACCAAGGAUCAGUUGGCCAUCCUGUCCACCCUGUUGCAGAUCUUGCUGCCGGACAAGGCCCCGGGGGUUUCCGAAGAUGCCGCCGGCGGGGAGAGCCAGAAGGGCAUGGAGGGGGAGAUGCAGCAUGGAGACCCCCGGACCAUCUCAGACCCCACCGCCCCGAGGCCGAAUCCCCCGGGCCCGGCCCCUUCAGCCUCCCCGGUGCCCACUGACCCACCGGCCGAGCCCCCCUUGCCACCAAAGAGCCCCCCACCAGGCCGGAGCGGCCCCAGGACCCCCCAGCCCCCAGCGCCCGCACCCCGUCUGGUGGAGGAGUACGGCUACAUAGUCACCGACCAAACGCCCCUAGGGUUGGCGGCGGGGGUCCGACUCCUGGAAUUACUGGCCGCUCACGUCCACCUGUCUUCCGGAAACUUCAUCAACAUCAGUGUGGUGGGCCCGGCCGUCACCUUCAGAGUCCGGCACAAUGAGCAGAACCUGUCCCUGGCGGAAGUCACCCAACAGGCCGGACUGGUGAAAUCAGAGCUGGAGGCAGAGGCGGGUUUCCAGAUCAUGCAGACCGGAGUGGGCCAGCGAGAGGAGCCGUCGGCGGUGGCGUCGGAGGCGUCGGCCCUGGCCCUGGCCCUGGCCCGCCCGGCCGGCCCGGCCCCCGGCCCGCGGUGGGUGGCACUGACCCUGGUGGGCAUCGCCGGGGCCGCCGGGCUGGUGGCCGCCUUGGCCGUGGCCCUGGCCCAGCGUCGCCACGGGCGCGGGCGCCGCAAGGACGGCCUGGCGGGGCUGGGGCCCGAGGGGGCCGCCGCCGCUGCUGACACCACCUUCGAGUACCAGGAGCUGUGCCGCCAACACAUGGCAACCAAGUCUCUGUUCAGCCGGGGGGCGGCGGGGCCGGAGGGCCCCCCGGGGGAGACGUCCCGCGUGAGCAGCGUGUCCUCCCAGUUCAGCGACGCCGCCCAGCCCAGCCCCAGCUCCCACAGCAGCACCCCGUCCUGGGGCGAGGAACCCGCGCCCGCCAACAUGGACAUCUCCACCGGACACAUGAUCCUGGCCUACAUGGAAGACCACUUGAAAAACCGUGGCCGUCUGGCCCAGGAGUGGCAGGCCCUGUGCGGCUACCAGGCGGAGCCCAAUUCCUGCAAAGUGGCCCAAGGGACCGCCAACCUCAAGAAGAACCGGCUGCCCGACUCUGUGCCCUACGACCACGUCCGCGUCAAGCUGAAGGUGGAGAACAGCCCGACACGCAGCGACUACAUCAACGCCAGCCCCAUUAUUGAACACGAUCCGCGGAUGCCAGCGUACAUUGCCACCCAAGGUCCCCUGUCCCACACCAUCGCUGAUUUCUGGCAGAUGGUGUGGGAGAAUGGCUGCACGGUCAUCGUGAUGCUGACGCCGCUUGUGGAGGAUGGGGUCAAGCAGUGUGACCGCUACUGGCCGGACGAAGGGUCUUCUCUCUACCACAUCUACGAGGUGAACCUGGUGUCGGAGCACAUCUGGUGCGAGGAUUUCCUGGUGCGCAGUUUCUACUUGAAGAACGUCCAGAGCCAAGAGAGCCGCACGCUCACCCAAUUCCACUUCCUCAGCUGGCCCGUCCACGGCACUCCGGCCUCCACCAGGCCCCUCCUGGACUUCCGAAGGAAGGUGAACAAGUGUUACCGGGGUCGCUCCUGUCCCGUCAUCGUCCACUGCAGCGACGGGGCGGGAAGGGCGGGCACCUACAUCCUCAUCGACAUGGUGCUCAACCGGAUGGCCAAAGGGGUGAAGGAGAUUGACAUCGCCGCUACCCUGGAACACAUCCGAGAUCAGCGACCGGGCCUCGUCCGCACCAAGGACCAGUUUGAGUUUGCGCUGACCGCCGUGGCGGAGGAAGUGAACGCCAUCCUGAAGGCCCUCCCGCAGUGAGCAGCCCCCCGCGCCCGGCCCGUGCCGCCGUCUGUGUGUCCCCUGGGUGGUCGCGGGGCUGGGGAUUGGGGGAGAAGGUCGCCCGCCCCCCAAGACCCCCAAAACCCCCAGCCCCGGCCCCCCCCCGAGAGCUUCCCUCCGCCUUUUCGCGCCAACCCCCGUGUGCCGGGGCAGAGGAUGGGGACCCCGGCCUCUCAAAAUCAGCCGGCCCCCCUCUCGCCCUCCUUGCCAAACGCCUCGGCCCCCCAAAGCCUGGGGGUCCGCGCCCUCCCGCCUGCCCCCCGCCCCCCUGAGUGGACCAGAGCUAUUUCUAGAGAAAUCUAAUUUUGUAUCAACGUGAAUAAAGUCGUCGUGUCGUCUCCGCAGAUGCAACCCGGC